AUGGCAGCUUCAGUUCCACCAGGGGGUCAGCGUAUCUUACAAAAGAGAAGACAGGCACAAUCCAUCAAGGAGAAGCAAGCAAAGCAAACUCCCACUUCCACAAGACAGGCUGGUUUUGGUGGGUCGUCCAGCUCAAUUUUGAAGUUCUACACAGAUGAGGCCAGUGGGCUCAGGGUCGACUCUCUUGUCGUUUUGUUUCUGUCGGUCGGGUUCAUCUUCUCUGUCAUUGCUCUACAUCUAUUGGCGAAAUUUACACACAUUAUAUAA